UAAAAAAAAUAAACAGCAAGAUGAUAAAUGCAUGUAUUGUGUAGAUACUAGCCAUUUUCAUGGCUUUUCGAGCUGAAUUAUACAAGCUUUACAGCUUAUAGCCAUUUAUUAAGGAAAAGUUGACUUAUAGCGCCUAUGUGUCUUAUGCAAUACGUUACAAUAAUAGCUUGUAGCUGCCGCUAAACGAAGGAAGGAAAAUUUAUACAUGAGUGAGGUCAAAUGAUUCACGGGGUUAACUAAGUUUACAACGAUAAUACGUAAUUGUGCUGUGUCUGUGAGCGUGUGUGGUGGUGUCGACGGUCGCAAACCAUCUGCGGCCGAAUUGUACCGCGAAGUGUCUGACUUAUAACUUGAGAAUUUAUUCCGGUUUCGAUGAGUAAUCGAUUAGAUGAGAUGAUCGAAAGCGUUUCGCGGCGUGCCUUCAGUAGUUCCAGUGGCACUUACAAUGUCCGAGCGUUGGAGCUUCAGAGAGAGCGAAAACUCAACAUAUUAAAUGUUACCGUGCAGUUCUUGGACGACACCCAACACUCUUUUCAAAUUGAGAAAAAAGCAAAAGGCAGUGCACUGUUUGAGCAAGUAUUUCAACACAUAGAACUAAUUGAGAAGGACUAUUUUGGACUACAGUUUACGGAGAAUGGUGCAGCACCUAGCGCUACUAACACAGAAAUUACGCGCUGGUUAGACCCAAGCAAGUCAGUUAAGAAGCAAGUCGGAGGCAACGCGCAGUUCUGGCUAGCGGUCAGGUUCUACCCCCCAGAACCUUCUAGACUGGCCGAGGAGUUCACCCGAUACCUGCUCUGUCUGCAACUGAGGAAGCUACUGCUGGAUGGAAGGAUGAAUGCUCCUAAGAAUACUUUGCUGUUACUUGCUUCAUUCACAGUGCAAGCGGAACUCGGCGAUUACAAUGUAUCAGAGCAUCCGCCGGACUAUCUGUCCGAACACAGAUUAGUGCCUAAACAGUCCGCCGAAGACGAGAGAAGGAUCCGUGAACUACAUAAGUUACAUAGUGGGCAGGCCCCUUCUGACGCUGAAGCGAAUUUUUUGGAGCAUGCGAAAAGGUUGGAUUGUUAUGGUGUCGAAUCUCAUCCUGCUAAGGAUUACAACGGAAAGGACAUAUUUAUUGGCGUCACCUCAAUAGGUAUAGUUGUCUUCCAAAACAAUAUUCGAGUGAACACAUUCUCUUGGAGUAAAAUCGUCAAGAUUUCCUUCAAGAGGAAACAGUUUUUUAUUCAACUUAAGCGGGAACCUUCCGAAUCAUACGACACAGUCCUCGGUUUUAACAUGCGUUCGGGGCGCGCAGCUAAAGCCCUCUGGCGGUGCAGCGUAGAACGCCACGGCUUCUUCCGCCUCCGGGCCCCGCGGAGAAGGCCCCUUUUGGGAGCCCUCGGGGCCCUGGCCGGUAUCACGGCCCCCACUGUGCCUAGAACCGAGACGCAAGCGCUCGAAGACGCUAGAAGGUCGCGCUCGAGUAAUAGAACUUUUGUCAGACGAAGCAGCUCCCGCACUCGGUCGCGGUCCCCGGGCAAGCUGUCGCUCGGGGCUCCGGCGGCGCCGCCGCGCCCCGCCGGCGCGCGCGUCACGGGCCACGGCGAGCCCCCGCCCCGGCCCGCGUGGACGGCGCCCGAGCCUGACCACGAAGACGAAGGAGGCUUUCUCGAACGUUCCCUCGCCCUCAGAGUACCUCUCUCCUACGCCGACGAUUCAGAUACAGCAUCAGAAGUUGCUGAUCAAACGGUCCGGGUUCGACUCUCGGCCGGAGCUGACGGAAGAUUCGGGUUCAAUGUGAGGGGCGGGGGCGGAGCUCCUGUGCUAGUGUCCAGGGUGGCUCCGAGAAGCCAUCCGCAGCUGCAAGAAGGGGACCAGGUUAUAUCAAUAAAUAACACAGACGUGGACGACCUAACCCAUGAGCAAGUUGUACAAAUAAUCAGAAACACACGCGGCGUACUAACGCUCGUUCUCAAACAAAACGCCGUAUACGAACCUGAAGAAACCGGCCCCGAAGAACCAGCAGUAUGCUUCGUCCCUCUCUGCUCCGGGCAACUAGAGGGAGACGCGAUAGAACAGUCCAUGCUCUUGUUAGGAGAUGGCCUAGCCAGCGGUGCCGCAUUGAAACAAUAUGAGACUUUACUGAGGAGGAUAGUCGAAGAGCCGUGUGCGGCGUCGAGACAUGUCAAUAACGUUAAUAAGAACAGAUAUAGGGAUAUUGCCCCUUACGAUUCUACGCGUGUUAUAAUGAAGAAUUGUUCAACGGGUGACUACAUUAAUGCGUCGUACAUUAAUAUGGAAAUACCCAGCUCUGAUCUCGUUCUGACAUACAUUGCUACACAAGGUCCCUUACCAUCAACCGUGGGCGACUUCUGGCAAAUGGUGUGGGAGUCGGAAAGCAGUCUCGUAGUGAUGUUGACCGUUUUGGCAGAGAGAGGACGGACCAAAUGCCACCAAUAUUGGCCCAAGGUCGGCAACACCCCGCUUAAAGCGACCAACACACUUACUGUCCAGACGAAUAGCGAGCAGAACUUGGGAUAUUAUGUAAGAAGAGAGAUGACUAUAAAGGAGACAAGCGGGGCGACUAGGAACAUAACCCAACUCCAAUACACGGCAUGGCCCGACCACGGCGUGCCAGAAGACGCCGCUGCCUUCAUAAACUUUACUCGGUUAUGUUCGCGGCUGAGGAACCAUCGUGCCGUGAUACCAACCGUGAUAGAAGAACUGGAUGGCGAAGCGGAACGCGUCCUAGACCCGCCGAUGAUCGUGCACUGCUCGGCCGGCGUGGGGCGCACCGGCGCGCUCAUCCUGGCCGAGACCGCCAUCGAGCUGCUGCAGCGGAGGCAGCCCUUCUACCCGCUGGAGUUAACCAGGGCCAUGCGCGCUCAGCGGCCCAUGUGCAUACAGAACGCGGGCCAGUACAAGUUCGUAUGCGAAAGCAUACUAUCGGCGUACAACCAAGGCCUCAUCACCGAGUCCUCAGAAAGCGGUUCCACCUGAAGCCUCACCUUGCCAAUUUAAUAGUUAUCAUGUAAGCGAACUUAUUAUCACAACGAACAAAAACGCUGGCCAUAUUGGUCUUUUGGUAUGUCUAUAAUUUAUUUAAUUUCAUUUCAAUCUUUUUAUUUUUUAAAUAUAAAUAAGGAUAGAUUGUCUAUAAAUUGAGAUAAUGCACAUACUGUAAAGUGGGGUGACAUUGGACUGGUGGGGCGACUUUAAAAAAAAUAAGCUAUAAUAUAGAAAUCGCAGGGCGUUUCUAGAAACGGAUUAAGUCUUUUCGUCCUUGUGGUCAUCUAUACCAACCACCUAUUUUCAUACAUUCCCUUGUACUAAAAAAAACUACUGUUUUCCCUUAUUUUAGUCAGCCAUCAACUAGGUACUGCAAAAAUUACGCCUAUAUUACAGUCAGCAGCAGAAGUUGCUAAGCGGGCGAGGUUUUCAAAAUGAUCUUGACGCGACUUUAUUAUUAAGAGAAUAAGAAAGUGUCGAGGUAAUUUUGAGCACCUCGCCCACGUACAAUAAAGAAAAAUUUGUGACAAAAGAUUAAGUUUUGUAGCUAUGUAAUACAUGUUUAACUUUUCUCAAUUGGAGCGACGACCUUCGCAGUUUAUUUAACUGAUGACCCGGAGGUACUUCUAAGAAUAAUGCCUUUUCGACGCCGUGUCAAACACAAAAGCUGUCAACCAGACACCACGUCACCGAAGUGUCAAAACUGAAAUUGAACUUUAUGCAUAUGCAUGUAGGUCUAUGUUGCUCUGUGGUUUAUGACCAAUUAAUCGGUAUUUGGCGUUGAACAUAUGGUGCGUAUAUAUCGGUCACUGGCGUCCAAAAGGUUAAUAAACACUUUCUUAUAAUUGAACUCAAAUAAGUAGGUACCUACAUAUUUAAAUGUUAAUACGGUUACUGUUUAUUUAAGUAGCCCUUUUAUUUCUAGUCGCCCCAUUUUAUGGACCCAAACCUCAGAUUAUUUAACCUUUUGCCCGGAACUGUGCAUUUCCAUGCACCGAACUUUCGGUCUACAACUAUUUUUCCGCGUGUAUACCUACUAUAGUUUCAUGGGUAUUAGAAAUAUAAGUGUUUGUAAUAAAUAUAAGAUCAAGUAAAAAUGCAAUGAAAAUGUUUGCUAAGACUGAACGGCGAAGUGGCCUUCUAAAGUAGGAAAACGAACGAAAUACCUAUAUGAAGUAUAAAAAUGCGAAGGAAAUUUGAACUUUACUGCCUGUAUAAUAGCGUUUAAAAUAUGAAACUCAGAACGGUUCAGUCAAUAUUUCGGACCAGUUUAGAAAUAACGAUGUACUUGUAAGAACUUUAAUUUUAUUUAACUCCCUAAUUAGGUGACUUGGUGUGUUUUUAUUUACUACUUUUAAGGAAAUCUAUUGCGAACUUGCAAAUAUAGAGCAGCUUUUUUAAAUGAAUUGAGAAGAAAAUGUUAUUUUUGUGUUUAAAAUUUAACACUUAGUUCGAUCCGAGUAUUGCUAAGUUGUUAAGUUGCCAGGAAAAAGGUACUUUGUCAGUUUUAAAUAUCAAAGAUUUCUUUAUAUGCAUAAUAGGUAUUUUUUUCUAUCAUCAACCCCAUCUUCAAAUUCUAAAGUCAUCUCGAAUAAACACAUAUCAAAGUAGUUACAUAAUCCUGCUUACUGUAUAUUUGUACUUAUACUUUCUGUGGUCUUCACUGUAGUUAUAUAUAUCUUGCCUUCGUAACGAAUUUAUGAAAAUCUAAUUUAAUAACUAGUUUUAAUAUUUAUUAUUAUUAUAAGUUUCGUUUCUUGUGCCAUUCACAGAUACAUAAUAUAUUAUUUAAUUAAGGCGAUUUUAGCGUGUAAUGAUUUCUUUAACCUUUUAGGCAACUAAAACUUUAGAUGCUGUUACGUGGGGCUAUUUGGAACCGAUGAGGUUACUUUAACCUAAGGAACUCUUAUGGCUUUGAAUAUGUAUACGUAAUAGAUUAAACAAGUAUUUUAUGUCAUAUAAAUAUAUUUGUUUCCACCUAUAACAGUGGUAUAACAUAUACAGAUAAACAUAAUUUCUUAAUUAGCCUCACGCGACGGUUGAUAUUGAUAAUUGAUUUACCGAUUAUCUGUCGAAAAAAAAGCUUAAUUUCAAACCAGUAUUAAGCCAUUCAGAAUAUUAUUUUAUACUAAAGCUUAUUAUGUCUAAAACAUGAGGGACCCUAAUAGCAUAAAUUGUGUAAAAUAUAAGUAGUAUCAUUUUUGUGCUAGGGUUUUCUCGUUAUACAAUGGGGUCAAAUUAUUACAUCUUAAACAACUAGACGACUGAAUUUCCAUUUGAUAUGAUAUCUUGAAUUUAAAGUAUGUAUGAAAACAACAUAUCAAAAACUACUUCUAAUAUUUAAGAACCUAAUACUUU